GGAUAACACAUGGGACUAAGCUGAUCAGGAUGGUUUACUGCCAGGCGUUUGGCUGCCGAAAUCGGUCAGGAAAGGGCGCAAAAUGCAGCUUUUACCGCAUUCCCGAUCCGGAGAAGAGGCCAGAAAUCUCUAAAAAAUGGGUGGCUGCACUAAAGGUAGAGAAAUACAACAAGCCUUCCUACAAAAUCACGAGAAUUGAUGUUGUUUGUAGCGAGCACUUUACCGAGGACUGCUUUGAGAAGAACGUGAUAGAGUUGCCUGGGAAAGCUACCCCAAAACGACUGAAAUUGGAUGCUGUCCCUUCAAUUUUCCUCCAUCAUGCCCCCCAGCCGAAAGUCCGGGAAAGUACGGAGAAGAGAUUGGCAAGGAUAGAAGCUCAAAAAUAUAUCCAAACAGUCUUGUCAGCACCAACCAGUGGAAAUGAUGAACAAACUUUUCCGAGUAACAUCCAAUCUACACGUACAUGCACCUCUGCUUUUGCAUCUCCUGCACCGUCAACCAAUUCUCAUCCAACUAAUGACGAGCUUCGAGAGUCUGCUGAAAAACUGCACAUUCCUUCAUCCCUAUCAAAGCCAACACAAUCUUAUCCAGCCCGUAGCAAGCGUGAACUUACUAGCGAUGAAGAACUCACUCCUUCAUUCCCUAUAAAGGACCACCUUUCGCUACAAUCUCGGCCUCGUAAGAAGCGCAGACGAGGAUCUAAAAAGAAGAUGUGCUCCGAUAAGGAAAGAACCUUCCAAUCUUCAGACUCAAGCACACAGACAUGCCUUGAAGACAUUGAUGACAAUGGACUGAGGGAGGAGAGCACACAGUGGCCUCCAGACUUUGAUGCUAUCAACAUUGACCAUAAUUACCCACAAACACAGUUGCCAGUUGUGUGGCCAUGUUGUGCAAAAAGUAAACUCAACAGCAAGACUCAAGGGUCAUCACCUUUGACCGAGCCAUCGAUGGCUAUGCCUCCACCUCCACCACCAAGCCAAUCACCAUCUGGCUCCCCACCCACUGCACCUGGACCACCAUUACCCAGCAUGACCGUAACUACCUCUCAAGAAUCGGUAUCAAUAUCACCUAGACCUUCACCAGAAUCAGAAUUGCACGUUCAGCCCAGUGAAAUAUUGACACCUCUUUUGUCUCCCAAGAAUUCUUCGAUGUCAGAUGAAUCAUCUUCUGAUGAACUAACAUCGUCGCAAGAUAGUUCUUCUAGUUCAACUUCCCUUUACAACACCGGCACAUCAAGUGACCCUUCUUACCUACCUUCUGAUGAGGAAUCCUCCAGCUCAGAACCAGAAGAUGAGCCACCACAGCUUCGCUAUGUGAAGGAAAAGAAGUUUCUAGUGUUUGAGGAAUGUCUUGACACUUUGUUAUAUUCACAGAAGUGUGCUAAGUGUGGUUCUGGACAGAUAUGCGAGAUAAAGAAGUACUGUGUGGGCACAAUGCUUGUAGCAGACCUCACAUGCUUUUGUGGAAACGUGUUCAAAUGGUCUUCACAACCGAAGAUUGGGAAACAACCAGUUGGCAACCUUCUGACAGCGUCUGCAAUACUUCUCAGUGGCAAGACUUAUGAACAGUUGCGAUUCUUUGCGGAACUUCUCAACCUCCAAUUCCUAUCCCACACCACCUUCAACUCCAUCCAAAAUGCAGCCCUCCUCCCCACCAUAAAUCACUUUUACGAAGAAAACAUCUCUUCUGUAAAAAGGGAAGUAAAGUGUAGAAAUGACCAGGUAGUCUUGUGCGGAGAUGGGAGGUGUGACAGUCCCGGAUACAACGCCAAAUACUGUACAUAUACAUUUAUCGACAUGAAGUCCAACAAAAUCCUGGACAUGUCCGUUGUCCAGGUGACUGAGGCAUCAAGCUCUGUUGCCAUGGAGAAGAUCGGUUGUCAGCGGACAUUAGAGAAGAUAUUACAGGACGGCAUCAACGUUGCGACAGUAGCAACCGACAGGCAUACGGGAAUCCGUAAGAUGCUCAGGGAACUUUACCCGUACAUCAUCCACCAAUUUGAUGUCUGGCAUCUCACCAAAUCCAUAGGAAAGCGGCUAAUAACAAAGUCCAAGCAGAAAGAAUGUAGUGAGCUUUGUCAGUGGACCCAGGCCAUAAACAAUCAUAUCUGGUGGGCUGCUCAACAUUGUAGAGGAGAUCCGGAUUUGAUCAUUGAAAUGAUCCAGUCGAUCACCCAUCACAUAUGUAAUAUACAUCAAUGGAAUUCUUGUGACCAGUAUCAUAACUGCGCACAUAGAGAAUUCACCGAAGAGGAGAUCGAGGCAAGAAAAUGGUUUGUUCCAGGAUCCAAGGCGCACACAGCUCUCCAGGAAGUCUUAUUCGACACCAGGUUGGUCAAGGACAUGAGACACCUAACCCAGGCUUGCCAUACAGGGUCCAUAGAGGCUUACCACAACCUGUAUCUCAAAUAUGCUCCCAAGCGUCUCCACUUCAAGUAUCCAGCAAUGCUUGGGCGUGCCCAGCUUGCUGUUCUGGAUCACAACCACAACGUGGAAACCAAACAAGCCACUGUCAAGUGCCCAAGGAGAGGUACAGCACCAAAGGGUAGCCCGAGAUAUCGGUAUGUGUUCUCCAAACACACUAAGGAGUGGAUCCGGAAGAAGGUCCCAGAAGACAAGGACUACACUUACCUCUGGGAAGUUAUGGUUGCAGUGCUUGAGGUGAAAAUGGGCGAAUUUCUACCAGAAGAUCCCAUCAUUCCACAUCUUCCAGAGAACAUUGCGCCAGUACCUCGUCCUCCUCGUGCUGAAAUUGACUCUCGUGCAACGACUAGGUUCACCUCUUAGGAAGAAGUUAACUACAGGUUGGAUGAGAGGUCACCAUGUAACUUCUGGUGAUUGACCCCCAGCCAGUACCUCGUCCUCCUCGUGCUGAAAUUGACUCUCGUGCAACGACUAGGUUCACCUCUUAGGAAGAAGUUAACUACAGGUUGGAUGAGAGGUCACCAUGUAACUUCUGGUGAUUGACCCCCAGCCAGUACCUUGUUCUCCUCGUGCUGAAAUUGACUCUCGUGCAACGACUAGGUUCACCUCUUAGGAAGAUGUUAGCUACAGGUUGGAUGAGAGGUCACCAUGUAACUUCUGGUGAUUGACCCCCAGCCAGUACCUUGUUCUCCUCGUGCUGAAAUUGACUCUCGUGCAACGACUAGCUUCACCUCUUAGGAAGUUGUUAGCUUCAGGUUGGAUGAGAGGUCACCAUGUAACUUCUGGUGAUUGACCCCCAGCCAGUACCUUGUUCUCCUCGUGCUGAAAUUGACUCUCGUGCAACGACUAGCUUCACCUCUUAGGAAGAUGUUAGCUUCAGGUUGGAUGAGAGGUCACCAUGUAACUUCUGGUGAUUGACCCCCAGCCAGUACCUUGUUCUCCUCGUGCUGAAAUUGACUCUCGUGCAACGACUAGCUUCACCUCUUAGGAAGAUGUUAGCUUCAGGUUGGAUGAGAGGUCACCAUGUAACUUCUGGUGAUUGACCCCCAGCCAGUACCUUGUUCUCCUCGUGCUGAAAUUGACUCUCGUGCAACGACUAGCUUCACCUCUUAGGAAGAUGUUAAUUAGCUUCAGGUUGGAUGAGAGGUCACCAUGUAACUUCUGGUGAUUGACCCCCAACCACAAACAUGGUCUCUUCAAUGUCAUUUAUAUGAAUACUACAGUUAUUGAAAUUUAUAUGUGGACCAUUUAUGUUUCACUUGCAGAAAGAUACUGAUGAGGUACAGAUUUAUAAUACUUGAUUUUAUCACAUUACUUCCAGAAUUGACUCUAAAAAGUAUAUGAUUUCUAUUCAUUGAUGUCAUGUAUAUGAAUUCAAGACGAGAACAAGCGUUACUUUACCUUGCAGAAAGGUGACGCGCUUCAUAUUGGAUGAGAGGUCACUACGGUUACAUAACUUAUGGUGAGGGACUCCUUACGAACACAUGCAGUAUUUUCUCUUUAAAUGUUAAGCAUAAAAGUUCACGAAGGAGAUGCAUCCAACGUAGUUGCUGGAUAGUUACCUAUGCAAAUUCAUUUACGUAAAUGGGCCUCAUGUGUAAAAAUUUCACUGAUGUAGCCAACAGGUUGUUGUAAGUGUCAACAAGUCAUACAUUGUGGGAUUGAAGAUCCAAUACAUUAUUAGACAUGAAAGUCAUAUGUGUUAUGGACAAAGUAUUUGAGAUAUUUUUGAGACAGGAAAUAUACAUUAUUGUAUUUUCAGUUAUUUUGUGUUCCCAUUCACUCCUGGUGUUGAUCUACUGUAUCAGGAAGUAAAUUUUUGAUGUUCAGAUGCCAGAAUCACAGAAAUAACACUGCCGAAAGAUUUUAUUGAUGCAGUUUAUACUCUGAUAAUUGUAGGUUGUUAAUUGAAUUAGUGAUGUAAUUUAUAUUCAUAUUUUAUUAGUUUCUAUGUAAAAAGGACCUCAAAAUCCCAAAGUCUUACAACUGGCUAUGAAUGGAUACCAAUUUUCAGACGAAAGUAGGAACACUCUCUUACAAAAGAAGGGCCCAUUUUUUUGUAAUUUGUCUUUAUUUUGAUCCUACAUGCAAGUAGCAUCCUACAUGUUCUUUUACAUCUGUGGGAGUUGGCAAUGCAGUUAUUGUAUUCCAUCUAAUAUGCGCAGGCACAUUAGGGUACACUACUACAAUUGUCAGAGUUCCCAGCCCAUCAGGGAUUUUAUUUUUAUUUUUUUCCAUUUGGAAAAAAUCAGGGAAUUUGAUCAGACCCAAAAGUCGAAAGUACAUGUACCUCAAAUCAGGGAAUAUGCCUCAAACGAGGGAAAAAUAGGAAUUUUGAUCAGCCCAAAAGUCGAAAUCAUGGUAGUCAGUCCGACUCUGUUAUAUAUCAACAUAUCAACCUCUUGCUGUAUAAGGUGAGAAAAUGAUGGCUGUAUGGGGAGAAAGGAGGCCAUAACAUGCCUGUGUAAUAGUACCAACUGAAUCGUACAUUAUUGUUUUUAUACAGAAAUACAUGUACAUGUAUUUCACGGCAACGACAUAGAAAACAUGCAAACCUGGGAAUGGGUAUAAUCAGGGAAUUUGUUUUAUCGAAAAGCUGUGAACCCUGAUUGUAAUGUUUGUGAGGUUGGACUCCCACAUACAUGUAGCUGUGCAGCAUUUACAUGUAGUUACAUAUAUCUCUUCAUUGCAUGUCAAAAUGGUUUUUACCUAAGUUUACUUAUGGAAAAUAAAGUUUGUCACAAGUUACGUGUAAUUUCAACAUGUGUUCAAUCGAUUACAGUGCACUUGAACUUGGUAGUGAAAAGUGUUACAUGAAUGUAAAGUUUGACAGAAAAUAGUUUAGUGUGUUAAAAAAAAAAAUCAGUCACACCACACACUUGUGUGACUACAUUUUGGUCUGAGACUGCCAAAUCGAAGCGUUAUCUUUCUGUGAAUGAUAUUCUCAAAAAGUGCACCUUAGAGAAUACACAACAUGAGAUUGGCAAUUGUCACUCAUGUGAUUCUAACAGAAUCUAUUAGAAUAUAAACUGUUUUUAAAUGUAGAAUUUGAUACUUUGUAUUAUAAUGAUUCCUACGGAAAUUGCUCAAUAAUUUGCAAAACAACUGUCUGUUUUUCUGUCAGGCCUUUCCCCAUCUCUCUGUUAUAUUACAACACCUGGCCACACGUUCGUUUACAAACUUAUUUCAGCUUGCUGUUACUCGGUUUUCACACAUUUUCCUUAUUGAUUUGCAAAUCUUUUUUCUUGAAAUUGUUGCUCCAUCUGACUAGGCAACUUUGCCUCCGAGUAAGAACCGCCUGUUUAAUUUGUACAUACAUUCAGAAGAUUAUUUUUUAAUAUAUAUAAUGGUAUUAGUAUUUCUGUUGUCAGCCUCAAGGUACACAGAAGAGUGAACUCAUAUUACUCUUGGUUAUGUAUGUAAUCUAUGUUGACUAGAGAUGAUAUGAUGUGCCCUUUUUCCAUGAGAGGACAAAAUUUGUCAUACUUAUGUGUUUUUUAUUGGAAAUAUUCUGUUUUUUAUACAUUUACUUUGUUUUGAUGAAAUUACAUUUUUUGCUAUGGUAAAAUUAGUUUGACAAGAAGUGAUGAAUAAAUCUGUACUAAAAUGUUCUUUUUAGUAGAUAUGUGAAUUGUAAAUUUUAGUUGGGACAGCUCCCCCAUUUAGUUAUUGUGCCUGUAAUGUUUAGUUUUACAGAUUGUCACCAAUGCCUUUCCUUAUGGCCAGUGAUUGAAUGAUAGAAGGCAUCAUGCCCAGUCCAACUUGUGGGAAGUUGAACUUAGAUCAUGUGUACUUAAAAAAUUCUUUGCUCCUAAUUUUCCAUGUAGUUGUAUGCAUAAUUACUACAACUUUUUAGAAUUUGUAACACUCUAUAAUGAACCUGUCAGGGUUUGCUUGAAUUCUCAUUUAACUGUUUCUCUGCAUUUUCUUGUUUUAUAUGUAAAUUACUGUUGAACAUGUAAGGGAGUAACUAAUUUUCUCAAUGAAUCAUUUCCGGCUACUUCAACAUUCCCAAUCUCAAAUUUUGUUUUAAAACAUUGUGUUUCUCAUGCAGUUUAGUUUUUCCCCCUUUACUGAUGAGUGACUGCCACUUUUCCUUCUCCCUAUAAAGAAUGAAUUGUAUCUGGGAGGGGGGGGGGUAAAUUUAGCUGGAACAUGUAUUCUGUAAGAUUAAAGGAUGGUGAUUGAGGAGUAUGUGCAUGUAUAUUCUGUCUUUUUGUGGUUUUGAUGGGUUUCCCCCAGUUAAUAUAAUUACUGCACUGUUUGUGAAUUUUACAAAGUAAAAGUUUUUUUCAUAGUA